AUGGCUUCUUCUACUUCAUCAUCAACAACGUUCAACAAUGGGAACAUAGUAAACGAUGAGAAAUUCGUACAAAUUUAUACACCUAACGAGACGGCAAUACAAUCUUUGGAUAAUGAAAGAACGGUUAUGAAUGUUACACCUGGAUUAUGUGGAUGUGCACUUGGUAUUCACUCAUAUUCAUCUGGCAUUCACCAUAUUCGAAUAAGAGUAGAUCAUGGCAAUCCAGUUCUGGGUAUUCACUCACGAAAUAUACCGCUUAUGCCGGAUGAUUAUUGUUGGGGCACCUAUUCUACUAGUCCUUCGACGUACGGUUGGCUGAAAGAUCGUGGUCGUGUUCUUAAUGGAAAAUGGGACAAAGAUAAGCAACAGACCAUGCCACAUUUCGUCUGUCCAGGUUGCAAUAGUCGAUGUGAUACCAAGCAUAAUGAUGAUUGUGAUCGUCGUGAUCCUCCAGUAGAUUAUACUUAUGUUAGUGUUCGUGAAAUUGACACCCGUCCACAAUGUCAAAAAUGUGGGUUUCCGGUUGGUGAUCGGCGUCCUGUUCGUUACUAUUGUGGAAAAUGUGGCCGUUUAUAUUGUUACGCCUGCUGUUUCAAGUGA